GUUCGGGCAGGUCAGCCUGUGAGUUAGUGUUUUGCUUCCUCUCCAGCACCUGAUCUUUUCUGCCUGAUUGAUUUGAAAUUGAAAGUAAGGUCCAUGAACUGCACAAGAAUUCGACUUCCUGCUUCAACCUCUCAUCUCAAUCAAAGAAUUCUGCAUCUCAAAAAUGGUUCAGGACCCACCAAGGUGAAUGACGCCCUCCAACUGUUUGAUGAAAUGCUUCAAAGACAACCUCCCCCUAACAUCAUCCAACUUAAUCAGCUCAUCACUCUUAUUGUAAAGAUGAAGCAAUACUCCACUGCCCUUAUACGUUUAAAGCAAAUGAAGCUGAUGGGUAUUCCUGCUAAUAUCUAUACUAUCAACAUCUCUAUUAACUGUCAUUGCCGGUUGAAUCAAGUUGCUUACGGUUUUGCCCUACUGGCAACCAUCUUCAAGCAAGGGCAUCCACCUAGUUUGGCCACCUAUACUACUCUCAUUCAUGGACUUGUUCUUGCUGAUAGGGUCUUUGAAGCUGUUGAGUUGUUCAAGAAGCUGCUUAGAGAGAAAGUUUGUGAGCCUGAUCAAGUUAUGUAUGGAAGCAUUAUUAAUGGGCUCUGUAAAGUAGGUCACACUAGCAAGGCCCUUGAACUGCUCAGGUUCAUGGAAUCAGGCUCUUGUAAACCAGGUGUAGCACAGUACAGUGCAGUCAUCGAUAGCCUUUGCAAAGAUCGAAUGGUUGAUCAUGCAUUACAACUAUUUACCAAAAUGACUGAAAAGGGUGUCCUUGCAAAUGUUAUCACUUACAGCUCUUUGAUUCAUGGUCUAUGUAACUUUGGUCAAGAGACAGAAGCUGCAAAAUUGUUGAUUGAUAUGGAGGGGAAAGGAAUAUCUCCGUCAGUGGUUACCUUUAAUAUCUUGGUGGAUUCGUUUUGCAAGAAAGGAUCCGUAAAAGAUGCAGAGCUUGCUGUACAAGCAAUGGUUCGAAGAGGACUAAAUCCAGAUGUAAUCACUUAUAAUGCACUGAUUGAUGGAUACUGUUUACGUGGUGAAAUAAAUGAAGCGGAGAAAGUUCUCAAUGGCAUGAUGGAGCAGGAGAUUGUGCCCGACAUCAUCACAUACAACAGCCUGAUAAAUGGAUAUUGUAAGAAGAAGAGAAUCAACAAGGCCAUGGGUCUCUUUCAGGAAAUCCAAGACAAGGGUUUGAUUCCUGAUGAUUUUACUUACAGUAGCAUGUUACAAGGUUUGUAUGAUUCAGGGAAUCCUGCAGCGGCUAAAGAACUCUUUAACGAGAUGCAAGCAAAGGGCCACACUCCAACUGUAUGGACUUACGGUAUCUUGUUCCAUGGAAUGUGCAAAAACUCCCAGACAACUGAUGCAUUGGCUCUCUUCCGUUCGCUGGGAAGCAAUGAAUUGAUGAAAGAUAUAGGGUUGUAUAAUAUAUUGAUUAAUGGUUGUAACAAAUCCGGGAAGCCUAACUUAGCUUUGGAUCUGUAUGAUGAACUUGUAUCAAGAGGAUUGAAACCAAAUGUUAGGACCUAUAACGCAGUAAUACGUGUUUAUUGCGAAGAAGGGUUAUUGGUUAAAGGUAAAGAAUUGCUCAGGAAGAUGGAAGAGAGUGGUUGUUUGCCUGAUAGCUUCACAUACAAUAUUAUUGUUCGAGAGUUACUGAAGAAAAACGAGUGUGGAGAGGCUGAGAUAUUUCUUGAAGAGAUGAUAAACCGAGGUUUUAUGCCUGAUCAUGCUACUUUUGAGAAUUUACUAGUCCGGAUCCCAAAUGUAGGAAAAGAUUCUCGUUUGCGAACUAUUGUUCUAAAGCUAACAAGUGUAGAAAGAAAAGAUGGGGGAAUACCUAAUAUAACAUCUCCGUGUUGACGUUUGUCUUGUUUUUUGAUGGUUUCAAGAUAAUAAUAAAAUUCUAUUAUUAUGCAGGAUAA